AUGAAGAUUUUAUUCUACAUUUCUCUAAUCAUUUCUCUGACAAUUUGUGAGAAAAAGUUGUUAAAAGUUCGAGAAUGCUUUACUGAUCCUAAAAUAUCACGUCUUGUCCGAUGUGAAAUUAUUGAUGGAACAUUUUUCCUCACUUUUGAUGUUUUAUCUCCUGUUCCUGAAUGCAUGUUCGAGAUUUGCUUCUACAUAUCCGAAAACUCAAAAUUCCGACUUCUCGGAAAGUGUCAACAGCUAAAUCGAUGUGCAAUCGACAAGUCAAACGUGAAAUUCGCAAGUCCAAUGAUAACUGGAAUUAUGAAGUUUUGGAAACGAGCUGGAAUCAUGGCUGCAUCCACAAAGUGUCCUCUAUUUGGUCUUCAAGAAUAUUCAAAUAUUACAUUGAGUUCAAAUUUCUUCAUGUUUUUACCGAAAGGAAUUUUAUUAUUUACAGUCAGGAUUUAUAAUGAUGAAUUUGAAAAUAUUGUAAAGAUUGCGAAUGUGUUGGUUAAUAAAUCUAGACUUGAGCGCUGUGAAGUUGUUGAUGGGAAAUGUUUCUUGAAAUUUGAGGUGUUGAAGCCAAUCGAGCAGUGCAUGGUUGAACUCUGCUUCUACAAAUCUGAAAACACAAAAUUUCGUCUCCUUGGUAGAUGUCAGCACAUAGACCGAUGUGAAAUGUUCAAACCAGCUUACGCCAAUAAUCCAUUCACGAAAAGUAUUGUGGCAUUUUGGAAACGGUCUGGAAUUUCGGCGGCAUCAGGUCCAUGUCCCUUACAAGGAGUCCAAAACUAUAAAAAUAUUACGAUGAAUGAGAAUUUUUUGGUUUUUUUACCAAAGGGAAUUUUGUUGUUUACUUUUAAGUUGUAUAAUGAUGAAUUUGACAAUAUUAUUAAGAUGGGAAUGAUUAUAAUAAAUAAUUAA